AUGGAGAUGGAGCUGUUUAUCCUGGGCUGUGAGGAUGUCAGUCUCUCAGUGAGAGAAGUGCCUUGCAGUACCACAAUACCUUGCAACAACGACAAGGAGCAAGCGGGUCUCCACGGACUCAGCUGCUGGCCGCUGAGUGGCCAUGACAUCUGGCUGAAGAAGGUGUGUUCAGCCGCAGUGCUGCUGGCCACCAGGAUCAGGGCAAUGGUGCCCCCAAGCAGCACGGUAGUCCCUGCCCCGCCCCUGCCAGACCCCCAGUUUGUGCUCCGAGGUACCCAGUCGCCCGUCCAUGCACUACACUUCUUCCAAAGAGCCCAGGGUCAAGGGCACCCACUACUUCUCUCUGGAUCUCUGAGUGGCCUUGUGCACAUCUGGAGCCUGCAGACACGGAGGGCGUUUGCUACCCUGGAUGGCCAUGGGGGCCAGUGUGUGACCUGGCUGUGGACAUUGCCCCAUGGGCAUCAGCUUCUCAGCCAGGGCCGGGACCUGAGGCUGUGCCUGUGGGACCUGGCGGAGGGUCGGCACGCUGUUGUGGACUCUGUGCCCCUCAAGAGCGUGGGCUUCUGCAGGAGCUCUGUGCUGGCUGGAGGUCAGCCACGUUGGAUGCUGGCCAUGCCAGGGAGAGGCGACGAUGAGGUUGAGAUUCUGGAGAUGCCAUCCAAGACGUCAGUGUGUACCCUGAAGCCAGAGGCGGAUGCCAAGCUGGGCAUGCCCAUGUGCCUGGAGCUGUGGCAGGCUGACUCCAGCCCCCGCCCACGCCUGCUGGCCGGCUAUGAGGACGGAUCCGUGGCCCUGUGGGACGUCUCCCAGAGGAAGGUGUGUAGCCGCAUCGCCUGUCACACAGAGCCCGUCAUGGGCCUUGACUUUGACCCACAGAAGGCCAGGGGCGUCUCGGGCUCUGCAGAGAAGGCGCUGGCCGUCUGGAGCCUGGAUGAGCAGCAGGCCCUGCAGGUAUGCAGCACUCAUGAGCUUACCAAUCCCGGCAUAGCUGACGUCACGAUCCGGCCAGAUCGCAAGCUCCUGGCCACUGCAGGCUGGGACCACCGAGUCCGCAUAUUCCACUGGAGGACGAUGAAGCCACUGGCUGUGCUGGACUUCCACACAGCAGCUGUGCACUGUGUGGCCUUCGCUGGUGAUGGCUUGUUGGCCGCGGGCUCUGGGGACCGGCGCAUCAGCAUCUGGUCACUCUACCGACGCACAUGA